GGCAGAAAGAAGUGACUAAAUUUUCGUUCCGCGAAUUUUAUUUGAUUUUUAAGUAAUUUGUCAUGAACCUCGUAUAGUUUUGCUAGUGUAUAAAUUGUGUUGUGCUGCAUAAAUUGUUCAGUGUUUCCUGUGGCAUCUUCUGUGUUAUUGCUGAACUCAAUUUGGCCGCUCCCUGUACGCAUUCCUGUGCAAGCGAUCGCAGCGGCCUAAAAUGCUGUUGAUUUGGAAUCGUUGAAGGGCUGACGAGGGUGCGAUGCGAUGAUAAGGACGCCCCUGCAGUCAUGGACGGUGUGAAGAAAAUACAUACUGGGACGUUGUAUCGAGCCGGCGGGGCGGAGGGCGCGCAGCACAGCCCGGCGCCGCGCUCCGACGUCUCCGCCGAGGACGCCGAGCUGGCGGCCGCGCUGGCGCACCAGCACCACCUCGCCAUGCAGGCGGGAGAUUAUGCAGUGGGCGGCGGGCUGGAGGCAGAGUACAGCCAAUACGUGUCGUCUGCGGCGGGCCACUACAACCACAUGGGACACCUCACUAUGGCGCCCUCGCAGAAGUAUCCGCACGUGAUGGACGGCGUGUCAGUGGGAGCCGGGGUGUACGGGACCUACGGACACUACGGUGCAACUUACCCCGCUCACCCCGCUCAACCCGCCUACCUCGUCGAUGCGCCGUAUAUGACGCAGGAAUAUGCAGAGGGAGGUGGCAGCGGAUCACCUCGCAGUGCAUCUCCAGGGACGUUGCCUCCGCAACAUAACUUACACUUACAACAGAGAUACGAGUCGUCGUCGCUGGAGCAGCUGGGCCGCCAUUACUGUGUGACGUCACCGCGCGGCGACUACCCCGACACGUACUCCUACCAGCACUACUCCGCGCACGCGGCGCCGCUCGAGCCUCAGCACCACGUGCAGCCGUUCAAGGAUUCACAAAACGGUCUAAGUCUGGGUAGCACGGGAGGACAAUCAAUGUACGGCGAUGAAGAGGAACUGCAAAAGCAAAUGGCGGGGAUGUCGCUCGUCCACGGCGCCGGUGUCGGUCGCGACGAAGGCGCCGGUCUUCAGUGGCGCGACCCCAACCUGCCCGAGGUGAUCGGAUUCCUAAACUCCCCCUCGGACGUGGUGAAGGCGAACGCGGCCGCUUAUUUGCAGCACCUCACCUACAUGGAUGACCCAAACAAGCAGAAGACAAGGAGUUUAGGAGGCAUCCCGCCGCUGGUGCGGCUCGUGUCGCACGACAACCCGGAGGUGGCCCGCAACGCGUGCGGCGCGCUCCGCAACCUGUCCUUCGGGCGCCAGAACGACGAGAACAAGCGAGCCAUCCGCGACGCGGCCGGCCUGCCCGCGCUCGUGGGGCUGCUGUGUCGCACGGCCGACAUGCAGGUUAAAGAACUAGUGACCAGCGUUAUAUGGAACAUGUCCUCGUGCGAAGACCUCAAGCAGUCCAUCAUAGACGACGCCGCGCAGGUGAUCUUCAACAAGGCCAUCAUCCCCAGCUCCGGCUGGCACCCCACCACCCCCGGCGACACCUACUGGUCUACUGUGUUCCGCAAUGCGUCGGGCGUGCUCCGCAACGUUUCGUCGGCGGGCGAAUACGCGCGGCGGCGGCUGCGUUCGCUAGCGGGGCUGCCCGAGGCCCUGCUGCACGUGGUGCGAGCAGCUAUCGCCACCAACGCCAUCGGCACCAAGAUCGUGGAGAACUGCGUGUGCGUGCUGAGGAACCUGUCCUACAGGUGUCAAGAAAUAGAAGAUCCCCUAUACGACACAAGAGCUCCUCCCACACAGUCAACUGGGCAGGCGCGGAUACAAGCUAGUGGUUCCAAAGGCGAGAGUCUGGGGUGCUUUGGAGGAAGCAAGAAGAAGAAAGAGGGAUCCUCGUCCAACUCGACGAGCCCGCUGGGCAAGAGCGAGACAGAAACACAGUCGCUGGACGCGGGGAGUAGCGCGCUAGGAUACAGCGUGCCCAAGGGAACUGAGAUGCUCUGGUCUCCUGAGGUGGUGCCCCUGUACAUGACGCUGCUCCAGACGUGCUCCAACCCCGAGACCCUGGAGGCGGCGGCGGGCGCGCUCCAGAACCUGGCCGCGUGCUACUGGCAGCCCUCCAUCGACAUCCGGGCCGCCGUGCGCAAGGAGAAAGGUCUUCCAAUCCUGGUGGAACUGCUGCGGAUGGAGGUGGACCGCGUGGUGUGCGCCGUGGCCACCGCGCUGCGCAACCUGGCGCUGGACCAGCGGAACAAGGAGCUCAUCGGGAAGUACGCCAUGAGGGACCUGGUGCAGAAGCUGCCGCCGCCCAGCCACCACCACGACCAGGGCACGUCCGACGACACCGUGGCCGCCGUGCUGGCCACCCUCAACGAGGUCAUCAAGAAGAGCGCCGAGUUCUCGCGGGCGCUGCUGGACGCGGGCGGCGUGGACCGGCUGCUGCACCUCACCCAGCAGCGGACCAGGCACACGCCCAGGGUGAUCAAGUUUGCAGGCCAGGUGCUCCUCAGCAUGUGGUCCCACGCGGAGCUCCGCGAGGUGUACCGCAAGCACGGCUGGCGCGAGGCCGACUUCCUGACGCCGGCGCGAGCGGCGCCCGCCCCGAGCGGUCAGGGCGUGCCGCACUCGCCCGGGAACACCAACAGCACGCUGAGCAGGCCCAUGGCCUCCACGGGCGGAACGCGCUACGAGGACCGCACCAUACGGCGCCAUCGGGAGAACGAUGAGCUGCCCGCAAUGGACGUGAACAAUUAUUCAGACGGCCUCGGUAUGGGUAACCCCAAUGGUCGACCAAUGAACCUACAGGGUGUACAAGCUCAAAUGCCACCUCCGAGCUCUCGUUGAGAGCACCAAUGAAGUUUAUUAACUAUUUUUUUGUUUUUAACCAUGUCUAGUGUUCUUAAUAAUUUAUUAUUUAUGACACAUUGCUGUAAAACGUUGAUUCUUUAUCCUUACAAAAGUUGAAAAGAUAAAUUAGAAAGUCUUUUCUUGGAUUUGAGGUGUCCGCGGCGUGCCAUUAUCUCAAUAGAAAUAAAAAAGCUCUAAUUUAUUUUUUGUAAUGAAUAUAAUAAAAAACAGAAUCAAAUUGUUUUAAUAGAAUGUAGCGCACAGCGUUUUUAGUGUAAAUUUGAUAAUUACUUUAAGUUGUAACUUUCCAUGAAAUAUACUUUACAGUCUUGUUAUGAUAUAUUGCAUAUGAAUGAGAAUUCCGAUCGAUUCGAUGAUUGUAUGUAAGAUAUUGAUAUAUUGUAAUGUAAUUCAUGGUAUUCAUAAUUGUGAUAAGCAUUCAUGUGACUGUGUACUAAUAGCAUUUAAAUUUACAAAUUAUUUGUAUCCUAUUAAAUAAAGCUUGAUUGUUUGUGUGACAAGAGUGCAUUAAAUUUUAUUACAAUCAUUUAUAUCCUAACUUAACUUAUUCAAACUUCAACACUGAAGACAAGAAGUAUUUGACAAAAUCUUCUACGGCAGCUACGGUAGGAGUUUUACUAGAAAACUCAUUGUGAAGACCACUCUCGGCUGCGCAAUACAGCCGUUGGUCAGUAGACUUCUUGUGAAAAGGUGGACUGUAUGAGAGGGAACUAGGAACUGGCGGCGACACUCAGUCCCGUUGGGUCCGGCGGUAUUCCUCACGACCUCACGUUUGGCGCCGCCUUCAGUUACGAGUUGCGGACGGAGCGGACUCACUCCUUCGUGUGACCUUGGAGGCUUCGGCGAACGAGUGCCGACUAGCACGCGGUCGUUGGUGGGGAAGAGAGAGGGUGUGAGAGGGGAAGGACAAGGAUUGAUAUAUGGCGUUACUCACAUUAAUCUUAAUUUAUUCUGGGCAACAUAUUAAUCCCACUUUUUAUUUUGUACAGCUGUAGCUUAACGAGCAAAAUGUUAUUUAUUCAAUAUUCAUUGAAUGUAAACUCAGUGUAAUAAAUAUUAAAAUACUCUAUAAUAAUAUAGUGAUCGGUUUUGUAAUAUUGAUUGAUAUCCACGAUGAGUUUAAGCUUCAACAGAGAUGGUGGCUCUUCGCCGUGAUAUUGAUCGAAAGUUUGUCUUCCGAGGCGAAGGUUAACUAUUUAAAGCAGUUCUAGUCUAACAAUAUAGUUAUGGUUAUUAUCAUAAACGUGUACUGUUGAUCUACAUUGUACAGUGCUAUUUUAUAUUUGCUUCAUUUCCAUUUACAACCUGUGCUGCCAAUGAAUGAGUUGUAUGAUGUUAUCAAAACAUGUAUGAAAACGUGCGUAUGAAAACCAAUUAGAAGGCAACGAUGUUCUUAAUUUAUUAAUACUAUUUAGCCCUUUUACUCCGCAACUAUGUACAUACAAUAAUUCUUAAAUCAAACAAAAAAAUAUCCCUAAUAUCGACGUGCCUUUCGGCAUAGCCCUCCUCUAAAGUUUUCCUUUGUUUCCUGUCUCGCGUGACUCUCCCCCAGUUCAAACCCGCUGUCAACUUUAUUUCUUCCCCCCACCUCGGUUUCGCCUGCCAUCCUUUGGAUACCAUUCCGUUACUCCUGUCUCCAUUUUCUUUUUGCGUCUCGCAUCAAGUCCCCUAAACACCUCUAUUUCUGUUGGUCCUAUUCUUUGCAGUGUAUGGUGAGUAACGUUUUCAAAAGGACACGCCAUCAAGCCAAACAAUAAUAAUAAUUACAUCAUUUAAUGUAUUUUUGUCACAUUUUAUUAAUAUAUCGCUCCGAGCUUUGUAUGCACGUGUACGUACAUGGUAUUUGUCACAAAUGUCAUACACGACAAGCUUUAUUUAAUGGAAUGAAAAGAUAAGAAAAAUAAUGUUCGAAGUUUUGUAUUCCAAAAAAUAUAUACAUCGAUAUUAUACAUUGUAACACCAAUAAUUAAAAUAGUUGACAAUGUUAGGUAAUUGGAUAAUAUUAUUACUAUACUAUGAUAUUCAUGUAUUGUGUCAUUUCAUGUCAUGUCAUGUCAAUUCCCUUAGCGUGUAUGUGCCAUUUUAAAUGUAUCUCCAAAUGGGCUUAGUGUUAUGUACCUAAUCUUAUGAGACAACGUUUGUAUAAGAUUUAACAUUUAACCAUUAUUUUUGUCUUAAAUCGGUUUGCCGAAUGGUUUUUUAAAGUGAAAACUGCUAUAGGCGCGCUUGGCAUUCUAUUUUAAUUGAGUCUGACUGAACAGUUACGCUCGGCUUUAUAACUCGUUCGUUACAAAAAAAAUCAAAACUUCACCAUGAAAACUUCAAAAACACAAGCGGGGAUAGCACGGUAAUGAAACUGCAAACGAGGGGGAGAGGGGAGGGGUUUCACGUUUCAUAGAUAAUGUGUCCGCGUAGUAUAUAGUCGAACGCUUUGAUACGAUAUCGUUGGUAUAACCACAGCGCUGGUGUUCCAUCGGUACGGAACGUUAUCAUAUUGGCGUGGUGUCAGCUGCCACCCUACACCACAUUUAUUAGACUGAGAUCUAUAGAGCGUACUUAGACUUUACUCAGAUUUUACUUACGUUAAACUUAGCUGAGUGUCAUACAACUCCAACUUGACUUUUGCAAUGGGCUGUCUUAGUUAAGCUCAGCAUAAUUUCGGCUGUCAAAUGAGCAUAAAAACGAAAUCAAAGAUUAUUAAGCUUAAACACGGCUAAGAUUUAGGUAAGUAAAGUCUGAGCAAAGUCUAAGUCCUUUUGAUUGGUGCGUCUGCCUACAUGUGACGUCACAUUGAUGGCGGUCUGUCACAUACUCUCGCGCGAGGAUUAUAUACGUAACGAUUGUUACUAUUCAUUUCAAUUGACAUGAAUACGUUAUAACAACAUUUUUUUGUAAUUAAAACUGCUCAAAUAUAGAAUAUAAUAACUUUAUGAACAUUUUUGGUUGAUAGUCCGAUAUUGAUAAUUCUUCGUCUAGAAAAACUUUUUAAAUUUAACUUUUUUUAAAUUGAGAUGUCUUCGUAUUCAUAUUUAGUAGUGUUAAUGUACGCCUGAGGCUAUAACUGUGUUUUUGUGUGUGAGAAACUACGCUAAGAUAUUUUUUUAGGGCUGUCAAAAAUUUCGGCUUGUAUGUAUAGAUACAUAUGAUAUUUAAAACCUUAUUACGUAUACAUCAAAACAAAACCUUGUAAUGGCCAGUAAAGUGUACAGAUCAUAAAAACAACAAUUAAUCAAAUUAAUAAGAUGUCAUUCAUUUUCAUCAAUGAAGCAUAUUGAAUUUAACAAUAUAUCUUAUCCAAUAAUUGUGACUAAAAAUUAAUGUCCCUCCGUUUUAGCUUACUUUUAGUUGUAAAAUUAUUUAUUUUUUAACAUUAAUAUCCUUAGGAUGCGAUCGAGGAUAAGUAUGGUAGUGGUUCUUUAAUUAUUUUUAGAUAUAGAUUAUAUUAUAUAUUUUUACUUACACGUCGAUGAUUUAGUUCGGAAUGUAUCAGCAUUUAUUACAUAAUAUUAUUCAUGUACAAAUAUUGAUCCGUGUAUUUCUAAGGCUUGAAACCUUUGUAACAUAAACUUAACUUUUAUUUUUAAAUAAAUAUAUGGGUAGGCGACGUCACUUAUCAAGAGACAACUGUAUAUGACUAAAUAACAAACAGAUUUACAAAAGUUUAAGUCAAAUAUGGGCCGCCAUCUUGAAAAACAUAUGGCGUAUGGUAUGUGGUCGAGUUCAAUGACCUGGUACAAAAGUGAUAGCUACUGAAAUGCGUUAUUUUUAAGCAUAUUAGUUUUAUAAUUGUAAAUGAUACAGAGUGUAUGUACGCUUUACUGCUUGCCAGGGCGACGUUGCUUCUAUGAAGCGUUUUCUAAUUCCGAGUUUUUAUGUGAUUUUUUACAUCGCGUAGGCUUAGAUAAAUUUGUUUAAUCGUUUUUUUUUCUAUUUAAUGUUUUCACUGUGAGAGUUUUAGACAAAUUAGAUUUAAAGGGUAAUAUUGUGUUUUCUUUUAAUUGUAAUAUGAAUGUUAUGUACCACUGUCAUGUUACAUCAGGGAUUUUGUAUAGAAAUGUAUACUUUUUACUAUGUAAAUUCUUUCUGUCGUCUUUAUUAUUAUAAUAGGUGACGCUUUAGGUUUUGUUAUUAUAAAUGAAUAUAAUCUUGUAAAAGAAAAAAAACACUUCAACACAGUAAUCAUAUAAUUGUAUCAAAAGAUUGAUAAAAAUAUAGUUAAUGAAUUUGAUUAAUUCCUAAACUCUCAACACUUUCCAUAGACAUUCAUAAAAUUUAACCAUUCAAUAAUUAAGAACGGUGUGAUUCUAUGAAAAGAAAAAAAAUAUUGACUAAUUAUUAGCACCAAUAUUUAGUAGUUGUAAAGAUUUAUAAUAAUCGAAACCUACGGUCGUCAAAGUAUUCCGAUCUCCUAAAUAAUCAAUUGUAUAACCUUUUUAUAUAAGUAUUGAUGUCUAUGGUAUGGGAUAGCCAUCAAUUGUAGAAUAUAAAUUAAAUGCUUAAGCAUUGAACGCAAAGCUGACAACAGUAAUUAUUAUUGUGAUGGGAAAAUGUCGUGUGAUAUUUCAUUAACUAUUUUUCCAUUACAGUAAUUGAAAGGAGUUGCAACAAUACUCGGUUAUUGUAAUAAUAAAUUAUUUAACAUGUAUUCUUUUGUCGUUGCGACAGCUAAACUUAAUGGAACUAGUUUUGUUUUAAGUCAUGUUGUAUUUAGAUUAAUAUAAAAUAUUCUCGAACAUAAAACUAUAUUAUCAACUACACAGAAUAUUAAAGAAUUAUUUUUAUUA